AUGGGCCACAUCCCCACCAAAACUGUGAAGAAGGCAGCCUGCGUCAUCACUGAGAAGUACCACACACGCCUGGGUAAUGACUUUCCCACCAACAAGCACGUGUGUGAGGUGAUCGCCACUAUUCCCAGCAAGAAGCUCCACAACAAGAUAGCAGACUGUGUCACACACCCAAGGAAGCGGAUUCAGAGAGGCCCAGUGAGGGGCAUCUCCAUCCAGCUGCAGGGGCAGGAGAGGGAGAGGAGAGAUAAUUACGUUCCUGAGGUCUCAGCCCUGAAUCAGGAGAUGAGUGAAGUAGAUCCUGACACUAGGGACAUGCUGAAGCUCUUAGACUUGGGCAGUCUGUCUAACCUGCAGGUCACUCAGCCUGCAGCUGGGAUGAAUUUCAAAACACCACCCAGAGCCAUUUGA